AUGGAGGACGCGCAGGAAGCUCCUGCGGUGGUAGGAUGUUUGGGCAGCAUGCAGCGGAAGUUUCAGCAUUAUGUGGACAAGACCACUGUAUGGACCAAGACAAGGUGGCUGGCACUUGUCGUGUGCCUGCUCCUUUAUGUCGCCAGGGUCUACUUGAUCCAGGGCUUCUACAUCGUGUCCUACGGCCUGGGGAUCUACUUGCUGAACCUGCUGAUCGGGUUCCUAUCACCUGCGGUUGAUCCCGAAGUGGAGGAGGUCCUGCCCACGAAAGAAGCAGCCGAGUUUCGUCCCUUCACGCGCAAGCUCCCAGAGUUCAAGUUCUGGUUUGGAGCCAUUCGCGCGGUCGUAGUGGCAACGACCUUGACCUUCUUCACAUUCUUCGACCUUCCGGUCUUUUGGCCCAUUCUACUUGCGUACUUCAUUGUGCUGGUCGUUCUGACCAUGAAAGAUC